AAAACCCUCGUUUCCGCUGCUUUUCGACGCGAUGCCGAUGACUACUCGCCGUCGUUUGGCCGACACGCCUAUCGUGCCCAAGAUCUUUUUCUGUCUGCAUUGCUUGAGAACCAGUAUCAAGAAUUUCGAUGUCACCAACGCAGAAAAUUUUGCACCUGGCUGUGUUUUCGAUGCUGUGGCAUCCGUGGCGUGUAAGCAGUAUUCCAGUAGAAACCAGAUUUGUCACCAGACUUCGGUUGGUAUGCUGGGGAACGCCCUCGAGUUCUCACAGAUUCUAAACUGGAGCCAGGAGUUUUUUGUCGACCAUACUGCCCCCGACCAGAAUCUGGAUUGGGACCUGACGCUCCGCGUCCAGGUCGGUCACUUAACCCUGGCCCUGGCCACCGGCUUCGAGGCGGCCGAGCUGGCCCACCGCCGUGAGCAUGGGCUGACCGGCACCAGCAAGUCCAAGGUUACCCCCAACCUGGUUCCCUAUCGCUCCUUUGUCGCGGGCCGUCGUUCCAUCGCGGACGAUCCGACUAUGCUUCGCCUGAUGCCCGGGGAUGACGGGUUUCUUUUGUAGACUGGGGCCAAGCAGGCAUUCUUCGAGGGGGUUUGCCGCGAGGUGUGUGCCAUAUAUGGCGACGAGGCCUCCCCCCAGGGUUUCCGCAUCCAAGAGAUGAAGCAGUCCUGGCCCUUUGCCGCUCAUCUCCUGUAAGAAUGGCACCAAUUGGCCGGGUUGGUCCGGUAGUUUUUCGAUGGGGGUCCGGCUCGUUUGCAGGGGUUUUUGUU